GGGGGUGCAAAGAGGCGAGCUGGGCGGUCCCAGUUCCACACACGUUCGAAUACGUCCAUCUUUUCAACAACUCGCGUUCAACGUGUCUGUCAAAUGGUGUGCUCCUGACUGAAGUUUAACCAGUGGUGGUUUAUCCAAAGUAGAUUGUUGUUACAAGCGGCUUCUUGUCUUUUUAACAGGACCUAGUGGUCACGUCACGGGCUUGCGCAUGCGUGCCUUCGGACGAUCGCAUGGCGACUAUUUACACUCAUCCAUAUUUAGCGUUGGAUGUGAAAAAGGGUGCCAUUUAAGCACAUCAGGGACUCUCGCUAUUGUUUCGUCACAAAGCUGUUGUUUGUAGACCGACACAGGAAGCUCGAUGUCUGUGGCAAACGCGAAGCUUAGCGUCCUGAAGCCGGCGAUCCCAUAUACAGGAUCGAUACCUGGAGGCCUGCACCCUGGAGAGAUCAUCAUCAUCCAGGGCACUGUACCCGCAAAUGCUGACAGGUUUCAGAUUGACCUUUCCUGCGGUGGUAGUACCAGGCCGCCAUCUGACGUGGCCUUGCACUUCAGCCCUCGCUUCAAGGGCUCGCCCUGCGUGCGAUGUAACUCCCUGUUGCAGGAGAGCUGGGGCCAAGAGGAGACGCUGCAGCAGCUGCCCUAUAAACGCGGGGCCGCGUUUGAGACCAUCAUCCUGGUGCACCAGGACGCCUUCAAGGUGGCAGUAAAUGGAACUCACCUCCUGGAAUACAAACAUAGAGUCCCACUAAACAGGAUCAACACAUUUUCUGUGUCUGGGAAGGUCCAAGUGCAGGCUAUAGGCUACAUCCCAAACUCUGCAAUAUACUCGGAGUCUGGUGACUUGAGCCUCCCUUACAAAGGCAGUAUCCUAAAAGGCCUUAGCCCUGGGCAACACAUCACCAUCAAAGGACAGAUCAGCAUGUAUCCUCACAGUGUUACAGUGAACCUCUGCAACAGCAGGACGGACAGCAUUGCUCUUCACUUGAACCCUCGCAUGAAAUCCAGCACGUUCGUUAGGAACUCGUACCUGAAUGAAUCUUGGGGUCAGGAGGAGCGGGAGUUAGUCAUUUUUCCUUUUUCUCCUGGAGAGUAUUUUGAGAUUCUCCUCCUCUGCCAGGCACAUCAGUUCAAGCUGGCGGUGAACGGCUUGCACUUGUUUGAGUUCAAACAUCGGGUGCAGGACCUGAGCACCAUCGACCAGCUGGAGAUAAUGGGCGACCUGGAGCUCAUGGACGUCAAACUGUGGUGAUCCAGACAGUUGCUUUUUCCUUGGGUUUUGUCUUACACAAAACUUCAAUUUCUCAUUUGUUUUACAGUUUGUGCUGAUAACUUCAUUCUUUUGUUUCACUAUUGACAUUGGUUAGCUUCUUUUUGCAUUUGUCACAAGAAUGUUAAAAAAAAUAUAUGAGGUACAUCUGUGACACCAACUAACUUUGCAUUACACAUAAGUACUGUAUAUAAAGUGUUUUGUUUUUACAUGACAUGAGUUACGAAUGUUCAAGCAUUGCCUGUACAUUUAAUAAAUGCUUUCUGAUGGAGACACAGAAGACAUGGAGACACUAAAAAUUUAAGGUGAUGGCCCUGAUUCUUAAAGACAAGGAAAGAAACCCAUGUAUAAUUUGUUUUUAAAGAUUUGAUCCACUGUGUUUUUGUGUAGGAGUAUAGCUGAUGGAAUUUGUGACCCUAAAUCUGUGCUCAGUGUCUUGACAAAAUAAAAACAUC